AUGCAAGCGGCGAUCGCGGCGAAGGACGCGGAGAUCGAGCGCUUGACCACGGAAAAUGCUGCGCUCAAGCAGCAGCUGCUCAGCAAUGGGCUCGUGCCCGGCGCUGCCCCGUCGCACAAGGAGCUGCCCGCGGCCCUGCAAAAUUUCGUCCCGCUGGCGAACGCGCCCGCGGUCCAAGCGGUCCUGCCGGCCCUCGACGCCGCGACGGAGGCCGUGGGCCGCGCGGCCGACGCCGCCGCGCUCGACGCCGCCAUCGAGGCGCUCCGGGCCGUGGGCGAGACCGCGGUCGAAGCCUACGCCGCGGCGAUCGCGGAGCGUGUCGCGCAGCCCGACUGCAUCAGCAGCUGCCAGGAGGCCCUGAUCGCGGGGGACGGCAAGUUCGAAAAGGUCUACGACGUCGUCUGGGGCUACAUCGAGGCCUCCGAGGACGCGCGGGCGCUGCCCGGAGCCGCCGACGAGCUCCGCGCCGCGGCGGCGGCGCCCGCGGGCGCGAAGCCGACGCAGCACGUCGCCGAUCUCUACGAGCUCUACCGCGCGGCCGCGAAGGCGCAGCCCGCCUUCCGGGCCGCGUGCGGCGCGCUGCAGACGCGCCUCGACGCCGCGGGCGUGCGCGCGCGCGUCGAACGCGCGCCGCUCAAGCACUGCGGGCGCAUCAUCGAGAAGAUGGCCUUCGCGGGCGACGCGCGGGCGGGCGCCGCGGCGACGGUCCUCGACGUGAACCGCGGCAUGCUCGUCUGCGAAGACGCGAGGGCGAUGAGGGCGGUGCUCCAUGCAUUCACAGCAUGCGCGUCCGCGGGCGACUUCGCCGUGGCCCGCGUCAAGGACCGCCACGCGACGCCGUCGCCGGGCGGCUGGCGCGACGCGCUCGUCAACGUCGUCGUCGGCGACCACGUCUGCGAGUUCCAGGUCGUCCACCAGUCCAUGCUCGUCGCGCGCGUCGGCCUCGACGGCCACGGCGUCUACGACCGCAUCCGGAACUGCGCCGAGCUCCUCGAGAAGCUCGGCAUGCUCGGCAGCCGGGUCAACGAGACGGGCGCGGGCUGGAGCUUCGACAUGGGCGCGCCGUCCAAGCCCAAGGGCAAGAAGCCCGUCCUCUCGUCGAGCCGGAACCCGCGGAAGAGCCGGAGCAAGAUCGCCGAGGCCGAGGCGACGGGGACGGACGCCGCGGCGAGCGCCAUCCAGGCGCGCGUCCGCGGCCGCCAGGGCCGAUAA